AUGAAAUCUGAUUCUGAGGAUUCCAUUUUUGGGAAUCAUAUUGAUAUAACAACUGCCUUAAAUAAUCAAACAAAAGUUGAAAUAAAACAUCCUGAUCUUGGAAUUAAGGAUAAAAAAUUUCUUGAAGUAAGAUGUGGGACUCUUUAUGGUACUCUUCAUAUUGAUAAAUUUUUAUGCCCUGGUAUCCACUGUAAAUGCAUAGAACAUGAAGGAGUACUUAUAACACCACGACAUUUUACUGUUCAAGCACAAAAAGACAAGCAAAAAGAUUGGAAAGGUAGUAUUAGAAUUGGAAGAUAUAAUUUACGAACAUUAAUGGAAAUGAAAGUAAUUGAUUUUUUUGAACAUGAAAUUAGAUGUUCAUUAAAAUGUCAUAGUAGAAAUUAUAUUAAAAAUUCAAGGAAAAUGUUAUCUGAUUCAUUACAUGAAUUAGAAAAUGCAACUAAAUUACUUCAUACACCAGAUAUAAGUAUAACAUCUUCUGAAAUAAAGGUAAAAGAAGAGGAGGCACUACAUACUGGUAGUCCAUUUGAAAGAAAUUCAUCACAAAUAUUAUUAGAUUUUAUGACAAAAAGUUUACAAUCAUCUCCUGAAGAUCAUUUAUCAAUUGAUAAGAUAAAUAAUAUUGAACCAAAGACAUCGGACUCACCAACAUCAUCAAUAAAUCAACAAUCAACAUCAAGUAUCAUAACAGAUUCAUCAACAUCAUCUGAAGUUUCUGUGACAUCAUCAGCCACCCAACAAUAUCAAAAACCUAUUCCUACAGUUUCAACACCUCAAGUUAACAAUUUUAUAACUGCUAUUCUUGAGCAACAAAAACAACUUCAGAUGGCUGCCGUCAUAUCUGCAAAUACCAAUAGAAAUACGCUUAUAAAUAAUUUUACCCAAAAUUCUAGUGGUAUACGUUCAAAUUUUGAUCAUGUUAAAAAAGUUAUGGAAAGUAGUCCAACUGAAUUUUGGAUACAAAUGAAACGUUUAGGUUUACUUGAAGAUCUCCUCAACGUUAUCUCAAUGUCUGUUGAAAAUAUUAAAAGAAUUUAUUUAGCUGGAGCUUCAUUUAAUAAUGAAUAUGCAGCUAUUCGCCUCUCAAAAUUAGCCAGUAGUCUAGAUUUAGGAGAUCUUUUUGGGCAACGUAUACAUGCACGGUACCUUCAAACAACAUUAGAAAGUAACCUGCUGACAAAUAAUAAUAAUAAUAAUAAUAAUACCGAAUUUAUUGAUUUGCAAAGAAAAAUGGCUAGCUUAACAGGACACAAUAAUAUUGGGGGAAAUAUCUUCUUAGGAAAUGGUAAUCCAUUAAAACGAAAAAAUAUGGAUACUAUUUUCGGUGAUAAAUUACUACCCAAUCAAUGUUCUAAUAUCUUCUCAACUAUUAAUCCUAUAAAUAACAAUCUUACUAAUUUGGCGUUUAUUGAAUCAUUGAAAAGACAACGACUAGACAAUAAGUAA